UUUGACUUUCACCAACGUUAAGAAUUUCGUCAAUUUUCUCUUAAGCAUAUUGUUUGUUUGAUCUUUUCCAACUCUGUUUGGUUUUUAUCCUAGCAUACUAACAGUUACACUACUUAUUUUCUUUAAGGGAUGUAUUGGAACUGUAGUUAACCAAGGACCAGUGGAAAUGGCAACAACAUUUCUGGGAAAUGAAAAAAAUCAACCAUUAAAAUCAUUACUUCCCGAUAAGAAUAAUUUGUCGACAGCAUUAAAUCCCACUGCUUAUGAAGAUAUACAAAAUCGUCUGAGAAUAACUUUUCAACAAUUUCUUAUCAAAUCAUAUGAAGCUCUCCGUCUUAAUGAAUCUUUAAUCGGUUCUGAUCAAACAGAAUAUCAUAAAGAAUUAGAAAAAAAUUUCAUCAACGUUUAAAACGACUAUUGGAUCCUUUGAUUGUGAUACCCAAAUCUUCAACGACCAAUGGUUUUACAGGGAUGAAACACAGUGAGGAAUCUACACUAAAAUCGAUGAAAUAAUAUCAUAAUCUGCUGAAUAAUCUCGUAUUUAUUUCAUACUACUGAAUUUUAUUAUCAGUAGUCAUUUUCGCAUUUACUUAAUUUCCACACGUGAAUAAAUUAAAUCAUUAAAGAAUGAUGAUACCUAAUUUACGGUAUAUUCAGUCUGCAAUAUCAAUUAGGUAGAGUUCUAACUGUAUACUUCUUUACUG